AUGACCGGUUUCAGUGCGCUUGCGGUUGCAGAGGAUGCAGACGACAGAGAAGUACGAUGGGUGGGCGUGUCAAGGAUUCUUGGUCCACGAUGGCUGCAGUUGCCACUCCUGACGAUUGGGCUUCUUGGGGUGCAGGUGUUGUGGUCUGUCGAGAUGUCGCAAGCUUCGCCAUAUCUCAUUCGACUAGGCCUCUCAAAAUCACUCACGGCUAUCGCUUUCUUAGCCGGUCCAUUAUCAGGUCUGCUUGUGCAGCCCCUAAUAGGCGUAAUAGCGGACAACUCGAAAUCACGCUUCGGGAGAAGGAGACCCUACAUGCUACUCGCCUCCGUCGUGUGUGCAGUCUCAACGCUUCUCCUUGGGUUUACUAGAGAAUUAGUGUCCAUUUUUACUUCGAGAGGAAGCGCAGUAAACGAUUCGUUAACGAUUGUCUUCGCCGUCAUUGCUCUCUACGGCCUUGAUUUCUCCGUCAACGCGGUACAAGCCGUUGAUCGUGCUUUGAUUGUAGACUCGAUACCCACUUCUAAGCAACCAGCUGGCAAUGCAUGGGCGGCACGCAUGCUAGGUUUAGGCAGUGUGCUCGGGUUCUUCAUAGGAAAUGUGGACCUGACGAAAGUUUUUCCGAUUUUCGGGAGAACUGAGCUGCAGGUCCUUUCUGUCAUCGCUAGCUUCCUUCUUUUAUUGACUCAAUCAACAACGGCCGCAUGCGUAAAAGAACGUGUACUCGUCUCUUCCUCGUGCGUCCCAAAUAUUUACAAAGCCCAGAAAAGUUUACGCGAAGAGAUCCGGGAAAUAUGGGAUAACCUGUUGAAUUUACCCCGUGUGAUCCGACAAAUUUGCAUUAUACAAUUCCUGGCUUGGUUUGCCUGGUUUCCAGUCUUGUUUUAUACAGUAGUUUAUGUCGGGGACUUAUACAAGAAAGGCCUUCCAAUUGCUGCAAAUGCGGAGGAGGUCGAAGCACAAGAUAAAGAAGCCAGUAUCAUCGGUUCUCGCGCAUUGUUCCAUCAUGGACUUGUUGCGCUGGCAGCGAACUUCGUACUCCCGCUGUUUGUGAAGUCGGACUAUGAUUCAACGACAUCCACGCCGUUAACGAGGAAGCCUUCGUUGCUUGAUAGACUAAAAAUUGUUCACCUGUGCGAGUUGUGGGCCUUCUCUCAUCUACUUUUCGCAGUUUGUAUGGGAGGCACAUUCUUUGUGUCAACUGUUGGUGGAGCUUCAUUCCUGAUCACAAUCGUUGGCUUCUCAUGGGCCAUCACUCAAUGGGUCCCUUUCUCGUUGCUCGCUGAAGAGAUCUUAGCCUCUUCCCAAAGUGAUUCAUUUGACGACAAUGGCUCUAUAUCCAUUCAGCUUCUAGAUCGACGACUAUCUAUGGAGCCAAUGUCUGGAGAACCUGAUGAAGAGCCUGAUGAACGGCAAGGACUCAUGGAAGACCUUCGGCACAAGCAUCAGGCCGAACAAAGGGUAUCUCAAGAAGGUGCAAAUGACAUGUCGCCCUCACCUGCGGAGUCACGAGCGUCGUCUAUUGAUGGCGUACGAACGAGGCUGAGUUCCGAGAUGAAUGCAAACGGACGGGAACGCGCCUCGAGGAAGCGGUCCGGUGGCCUGCAAGCGAAGUCCGGAAUUAUCAUUGGAAUUCAUAACUUGUUCAUUGUCGUCCCGCAAUUCAUCUCGACGGCAUUCACAUCGCUCAUCUUUGCACUGUUCGAUCCUGCCAAGUCAGUCCCACCAGGUCCCGAUCCCGGACUCGGAAUACCGGGGAACGGAACAUUUCCCAACGCAGUGAGAAACGAUACAGUGGAUGCAAGCGCUACUAUGUUUUACCCUAGGCAAGAAAUGGGUGAAGCGGCAGCUCGCGGUGCUAAUUCGGUCGCUGUUAUAUUUCGCGUAGGAGGCAUCGCGGCAACACUUGCAUUCAUUCUCUCAUGGCGCCUCGCGCGAGAGCUAAAGAAGCGUCAGUGA